AUGUUGCCCCUUUGUAAAAAACCCGAUCAUCGCUCUGGUCUGUUCAACUGCUCCGUUCCACUGCUCAUUCAACUGCUCCGUUCCACUGCUCAUUCAACUGCUCCGUUCAACUGCUCAUUCAACUGCUCCGUUCAACUGCUCCGUUCCACUGCUCAUUCAACUGCUCUGUUCAACUGCUCCGUUCAACUGCUCCGUUCAACUGCUCAUUCAACUGCUCCGUUCAACUGCUCCGUUCCACUGCUCAUUCAACUGCUCCGUUCAACUGCUCUGUUCAACUGCUCUGUUCAACUGCUCCGUUCAACUGCUCUGCUCAACUGCACUGUUCAAGUGGUCACUUGCUCGGCCACCUACAUCAUGGUUGAUCGAAGUCUGUUGCAAGUUCGCUGA